CAGUCUCCCGCAGCAGCUUGGCGCGCAUUCUCCAUAUCCCCGCUUGGAGAAACUUAUCACCGGGAUCUCAAACCUCCAUCUGGUGAUAUCAGCAGUUCCCCGCGGGGCUGUGAGGUGAGCUGCCGCUGCUCCCGUCUCUGCCCACCAACGCGCGAGUGGAAGUGUGGACAGACAAACCCACCCGCCCUCCCACCUCUUCCUUGUGCGGUUUUUAGCUAGGGGAAGCCCUGCAUCGCGCUGUGCGUGUGCGUGUGCGCGGCUUUAUAUGCGUGUACAGCCCCGGGGCUCUCCGUCCUCUUCAACAGUUGCCAUCGGAGAGGAGGAGGAGAGCGGGAGAGACAGCAGACUGAGGACGGACGGACGGAGGGACGCGGAGAGCCACGCCGCUCCUGCCCGGCUUCUGCUCCUGACAUGCAGUCGCUCAUCUCUCCGGUGACCAAGGCCAUCCUAGUCGCACUCUUCAUCUUCGCCAUACUCCUCAUCCUCUAUGUGAUCCUGUGGUACAUUUGCAGGGACGUGGACUGCGAUCACGGCAUAUGAGGAUUCAUUUGAUUGAUUUUUUUUAAGAGGAAAGAAAGGCGGGACUAUCACACAUGGAGGAUCCCGGGGUCACCCUUGAUGCCCGGACAAGAUGGCAAGGUUGCCAUAGUGACGGGAGGAGACAGGGGAAUCGGCUAUGAGGUCGCCCGCCACAUGGCCAAACUGGGGGCACACGUUAUCAUAGGUUCUAGGGAUGAACAAAAGGGUCUGACAGCCGUCAGAAGGAUCCACGAAGACUACAACGAGGCUAAAGUGGAGUUCCACAAACUGGACCUAGCCUCUCUGCAGUCUGUCCGUCAGUUCGUCCAAAGCUUCAAGGACCGUGAUUUACCACUCAAUAUUCUGGUCAAUAAUGCGGGUGUCAUGCUAGUUCCCGAGGGUCGCACCCAGGAUGGAUUUGAGGUGCACUUUAGUGUGAACUAUCUGGGCCACUUCUUGUUAACCUGGCUGCUCCUGGACACGCUGAAAAGCAGCGGCAAAUCUGGUAACUUCUCCCGUGUGGUCAACGUUUCCUCCUCGGCGCACUGCGUCGGCGAGAUCCGACUGGACGACUUGAAUAGCAACCGGUGCUAUUCAGCCCACGGAGCUUAUUGUCACAGUAAGCUGGCGCAGCUCUUAUUUAGCUCCCACCUCCACCAGAAGCUGCAACGUGGAGGUUUUCCAGUAAGUUCAUGCGCUGUGGAUCCUGGCAUGGUGGACACCGCUCUCUAUUGCCACCUUUGGACUCCCCUCCGCCUGGCACAAAGUGUCGCGUCACGCCUGCUUUUCAGGACUCCUGCAGAGGGUGCCGCCACCGUCCUGUACGCUGCCCUGUCACCAGCAUUGGAGGGUGACUGCGGAGGAGGCUACUGGGCCAACGGGCGCCGGGAGAAGACAACCCCUCCCACCUUUGACCCUCACAUGCAGCAGGUCUUUUGGGAAAUCAGCCACAGGUUUCUGGCCCAGGAGUAACUAAACUGUAUUCAACUGGGCCCAGAAGCCUGCUUCUAUUCUGUUGUUGCGAUUUCUGUUAACAAUCUCACAAUCCACGCACGGACUGGACAGCGAUCGUCUUUUUACAGACACUUUUGCUUCAGUCGUCCCGCCAAAGAAGGGCUACAGUUGUUUUGUUUGUCACUGUGAGCUUGCAAACAUGGUCAUAAUCCUAGGUUUGGACCAGCGUUUGAUGUUGCUGCCAUAAGUACUGACUGCCUUAACGUCAAUUCUGUCCAGUGAGUAGGCUGACGAACUAGUCCCAACACUUUUGCCGUUCAGAACAAACCAUCCUUGUUGGCCGGUGCUGGCCAUACGUUUCAAAAAUGUCGGUCAAAGCUGAGUACAGCCUCGCUGUGGAGAGGUUGAGUGAUGUCGUCACUGAGUUUUACCACCUCAGUGAUUCUUCCAUCGCCUCAUGAUGUCACCUAUUUGACGGGGAGCACUUUUGAGUUCGUUUGUCGUCUUCAGUCUUCAUGUGGACCUCCUCUCUUGAGCCUUCCAACUGUCAGCAAACCAACAAAAGACCUUCACAGUGAUGACAUAAUGCUACUUGAGCUGCAACUAAAUAUAGAAAGUCGGGUAUUUUUUUGGAAUAAUCUCUCCCACCCCUCCCGGUAUCGCUUUUGUUUUAGAGAAACACUGUUUUCCAAAACUGGGAUUUGCUCGGAGGCAUAAAAAAGAAAAGGGUAAAACAAUGCUUGCUGCAGUCUGUCCCUGUUUUCCUUUAUGACCCGUCUUAAUACGAAGGUGGGACGAACUUGAGUUAUGGAUCCAAUCUUGCACAACCACGGCCAGAUCUUAACAAUUCGGAGACGGGAAGAAGGGCAAGGAAACCCAAAAAGCAUGUUUCUUUCCCUUCGGUAAUCAAGCUGUGAUUGGUUCCCUGCUGCUUCCCAGUCUUCAUUUGGCGCCGCGCCCACUGCAUUGUGGGUGUGAGAUUUCCCAGUGGCGAGGCUCAAGCCUCAUCUGCUAAGCUCACACACACACACACACACACACACACACAGAGCCAUUCAUAAACACUGCAGCAAGUACAUCCAGGCACGGUUAUCCAAACAAACACACGGCAAACAAACACUUCUGUUGUUCACCACUGUGAUCAAACAUUCUUGACUAUGAAGAUGGAACAGUUUAUGUCCAUUUAUGAUUAUGAUCAGCUGUACGUGAAGCAAUAUGAUCAAUGUGUAGCUCACAACAGAAGGACAGCCUGACACCAGCCUUUUUCUUCCCUGAACGUCAGGUAUUUGUCUUAAAUUCCUAAAAAAACAAAAACAAAAUGGCUUACCGUAUUUUCCGAACUAUAAGUCGUUCUGGAGUAUAAAUUGCAUCAGUCAAAAAAUGCGUCAUAAGUCGCACUUGACUAUAAGUCAGAAUUACUUAGAAAUGUAUUUCCCAGAAUUCAAGACCAAGAACAAUAGCACACAGGACGGGCUGAAUAGGUGUCCUCCAUGUUAACUUAACUAGGGCCGCCACCAGCUAUCAUUUACUUAGUCGAUUAAUCUGAAGCUUGUUGUUUCCGUUAAUCGAUUAAUCGGUUAGACCCUAGACAGACCGAAUCAUUAUGAACCAAUCACAGUUAGCGGUUUGGUCCCAUCACUAUUUUCCAAAGUCUAAACUGACGUUUGUGAAUACCCUGUUUUACCUAAAACACGAAGAUAAUAGGUCUGCUUUCAUGAAUCACUAAGGAAAUUACAAAAAUAUUCACAUUUGAGAGGCUGAAAUCGAAGGAUAUUUACAUUUUUAGAUCAAAAAACGAUUAACUGAAGGUCAAAAGAGUUGUCGAUUCAUUGGAUAAUUGAUAAAUCAUUGAUUCAUCAAUUAAUUGUUGCAGCUGUACACCGGAGUAUAAGUUGUAUCAGUCAAAAAAUGCGUCAUGAAGAGGAAAAGUCGCACUGGACUAUGAUGUUGCAUUUAUUUUGAAAUUUAUUUCCUGAAAUUCCACACCAAGGAGACAUUUGAUCUGCUUAGCAUGUUAUUCAACCACAUAUUAGUACACAGAACAGGCUGAGUAGGUCUCCAGUAUGUUAAUGCAACACAUUAACAGUUAUUCAGAGACACAGUAGCAUACCUGGGAGGCUGAAUAUGCUAAAUUGACAUAAGCUAGCGAGUCCAACAAGCAAUAUAUAUAUAUAUUUUGUAAUAAAUAAGUUACACUUAAUACCAAACUAUGAAAAAAAGUGCGACUUAUUGUCCGGACAAUACGGCAAACAUCUUCAGAGGACCUGACCUCGUCUUUUUCGAAUCUAGGCCGUGGUGUGUUCGGGUGCUCAACAGCAGGCAUCCAUUAUUCUCGCAGCACAUGUAGUCCGGACAGCUUUCAGACCAGCAUCUUACAGACUGGCGUGAACGGAUGACCUUGUGUGUCCUCCAAACAGUGGCUGUGUGCUGAGCUUUAGAAAUGGGACAGGAAGCACAUAUCAUACGAGGAGGGGCGUAGUGAUGCAGAAAGCCUCACUUCAUCAUCCAGCUCGAGCAAGGCAGUUGCUGAUGUGAGGGUUUGAAUGACAAUGUAGCUCCUCAUCCGUUAAAUUAGGCUUUGAUUAGCCCCCAACGACAGAGCUGCCUGAUAUGGGCACCCAUAUUGAUUUUCUUCUUUUUGUACGAUUCCAAUUUAUUUUCCAGAUCUGUCCGUUUUUCCCAGCUUUGCACUCUGCGCUGAUAAUUUAACGUAGAAAGUGAACACAUACAUUUUAAAAUACCAGGUCACAGUGAACAAAUUAACAAAAAAAAAAAUCCCCAUCACCAAAAAUGUUGCAAUGGCCCAACCAGAGUUCAGAGCAAUUCGAAAUGUAUGGGGUGGCAUGUGCACCAGAUAUCCUCACAACCGGGCCCCUUUGUUUGUCCAUCAACCCAAAGUAUUUUCAUGCAUACUUAAUUGUAUUACACAACAUUUGGGGAUUUUUUUUUCCUCCUAAAUUUCUCCUGUGAUCUUUUUAUACAAUUUUUUUUCUCAAAAUUCUCAAAUCUGUAAAAACAAAGAUUUGCAUUAUUAGUUAAUAAUUGCUUCGCUUCGAACUCCAUGGCUUCUUUCGAUCGCGGUUUUCAAAAAUUGAUUAAUUAAUCAUGGCUGUUUCAUGGUAUUUUCAAGCAUAAAAAUUAGCGCUGUAACGAUUCAUCCACUACAUCGAUGUAUAGAUUUAUAUUCUAUGAUCCAACUACAUCAAUCUGUGUUCAGCAAGUUGCCAUUCCGGGCGGCACAUAUCGAUCUUAACAUGGUUGAAAACGGUAAUCGAUCGAUUACAUCGAUACUGGGAAAUAAAGCAGUGGAUUUAAGCACGGCAGGCUUUCUAUGGAUGUGUGUUUUUAGCACUUUUAAUGAUAAAGUCGUUAAAUGUUACUCAGGUAACAGUUUGAUUUGGUUUAAGUUGAUUAGUCAUGUCUGUUGAGUUGGGCGCACGAAUGAUGUCAUGUAAGAGCGACGGCGCCAACACGUCCUCUCCAAAGACGCCCUACACCUUGGACGCUACACUCGAUUCUGUCUGUCCGUGAUGUCAUCGCCAGGCUUUAUACUGGAUUUACGUAUACUGGAGUUUUGGACCACAUCGAGUCAUACGAGUGCUUCGAAAGUUAAGUCCAACUUUAAGCCUUUCAAACUUUCAAACUACUUGCCAAGGUCUGUGGGUUGAUCACAGCUUUUGUCUUGACUCAAAUGUUAAAGCAACGGGAAACAAAGGCACUAUUUCUCGCUAUGAAAUUUGCUCUAACUUCUUUAAUACGCGCGGUAGAGAGCUGAAUGAUGUGUCAAAUUAAAGGUCAAGUCAUCUUUUAUCAGAUAGAAUUCAUCACAGAAUUAAUUUAACCUGUUAUUUCAUUCCUUGUUAAUUCAACCUGAAGCGUUGGUUGCACUUUAUUCAAAUAAAAUGUGAAUGCAUUUGCCAUUAACUGUUGUUUACUUGUUUGUUUGAAUUGAAUCCUUAUUAAAAUGCAUCAUUACACCCCUAAAAUGAAGUAAAAUACAAAUGUAAGGCAUUCAGAAGAUGCAUUCAAAGACAUUGUGAGGAUAUGUGGUAUUCUACACUGGUCACUAGGGGUCAGUAAUGUUACUUUGAUGAGACAUUAGCUACCGUGGGAAGUAAUGGACAGAACAGGAAGUAAAAAAAAAAAGAACAAGGAACUUUCCCAGUGUAAAUUGUCUCAUUUUCUCUUAUUAUGUAUUUCAAUGUAUUAUACUGUAUGUACUAUAAUGGGUAAUGUGAGUGUAAAGUUGACAAUAGGAGCGUUAUAUCUUCUAAUAAUGUUACAAGCCGUAUUUUGGAAGCUCUUAAACAGGUCGGGUCUGGAACCAAUUAACUGCCAUAAAUGAGGGAUUAUAUUUGUACAAUAUAAAAAAAAAUGAGCCACGUACUGCAGAUGGCCCCCGAGCCACACUUUAAACAACCCUGCUUUAACGACUCUUCAUCAGGGUUGAGUGUGCGACGUGACGUUAAAUUGUUAGCUUCCUGUUGUGAGCGAACAAUGGUAACUAAAGGGAGAAGGCGAGCGUUACUGCAGCUGGAAUUAAUCGAUGCGUGACGACAGUCAGUGGAUCCGAAAUCAGAGAAGGCAUUUGCACAGGUGAGCUGUCCGCACUCUGAACGAAUCGUAAACACACACAGGAAACAAUGACCUACAUGUCGACCAAUCACAGCCUUUACAGUGCGCGUCGCCGUAGCUGAAACGGGCGAAAUGCAGCAUGAAUACUUUAUUCAUCUCCAAAAGAAAAACAAGAUGCAUACCCAGAGAGCUGCGAAGCGUGUAAGCAUAUUUAAGGAUCAAAAUGCGUGCCGUGUACAAAAAAUGCGUACAUGUUGGUAGGUCUGUAUUUGGAAUGGAAUAUUUUCCCCACUGUUAUGUAGCCCAUACAUGUUGCAGAAUCUAUUACAGGGUGGAAAAUAUUACAGUCUCAACAGUGGAUGAAUGUUGUUAAUUUUUUAAUUUAAAAAAAUGGAAAGGAAAAUAUUCCAUUCCUAACAUCUGAUAUUCCAACUAAUAAAUAAAUCUCAUAAAUGAUUUAUUCUUUUAACUUUACAGUGUGACUUUUUUGACACUGAAAUACCUGAAAUUGUUUAUUUUACAGUAGUUACUUGUUUGUUUGUUUUUUUACACUGGUAUUUUAACAAGCCUGUGUUCACUUCCUGUUUUAUUAAACAUGUGAGGAAAUGUGAGGACAUUUACCAUUCCUAAUUUGAAGCCACUUUUUUUCUGGUAACAGCAGCAGUUUUGUUUGUCAGAGUGUUUUGUUUCAUCUGGAUUUUCUUUGCUAUCCUCAUUUUGUGUGCAAUGCAACCUGAGGGCUUGCUUGUUUUGAUUGUGAAGCUCUCAUUGUAAGAUGCUGCCUAAAUAACAAAAGAACCAAACCGGGUCCCGCUGGAACAAAUAAACCUCCAUCCCUGUAAGGCGAAAAAUGCAAGACUAUUGCAUAAACUACAUCUGGUUCAAGAGUGAUCUUGUUUUUGUGCUUGUCGGCGCAGUGCUUCUUUUUGCCGACUGAGGCCAUCCUUUUCCAAAGAUGAGAUGGGGUGUGUCCAACAGGAGGAUGCUACAAGUACAGGUGUCAAUUAGUUGCAAAAGUUUUGUUGAAAACCAAAAAGUAUAAAAAAGACAUACCUUUUCCAUAGGAAUUCAUGUAAAUCCCAACUAACCUGAUCCUGACACUCGAAAAUAUUAAUUUGGCCCCAUGGUGGGUUAUGUAGCAACCGCACUCAAUAAAAAAAAUACAGUUGUCCCUCGCUACCUCACUCUAUCGCAAUUUUUCAUCAAUUAAUAAAAUAAUACAUUUAAUAAUAAAUAAUACGGCCUAUUAGUGUAAGAAAUUUGCAUAUUUAAGCAAAUUGUACUUAUUCUUGGCCUAAAUUAAGCAUUUCUAAGCAUAAAAAUGGCUAAAUGAAUUAACUAAAUCAACUAAAAUACAAAUCCAAGGUGAAAGAAGCACUCUAAUUGUGAAUCUAGUACUGUAUUCUACAUUGGCCACUAGGUGUCAGUAAUUGUUCAGUGAGACAGGCAAGAGUUUGAUUUACGUCUUAAUGGCUUAUUUACUCUUAUUUUGUCCACUACAUUGGGUAAUAUGAGUGUAAGGGCAUUUAAAGCCGCCAUUGAAAAUAUAUUGAUGUGUUGUAAUGGCGGAAGUACGCUGUCCAGAAAAAAAAAAAAGAGCGAUAAACGAGGGACGACUGUCAAUGGGUCAGAAAGGGUGCUUUCAAUUUUGUGUACUAUUUUGUUACGUGCAAUAUUGUACGAAAACCGAGGUUUGUCUGCACUGUAUGAAAUAAUUGUGUUGCAUAUCCCUCGGGGGGGGGGGAGUUCUGCACGCACCGCAAAACGUGUUGGGUCUUGAGUUCAAAACGCAACUGAAAAAGGGCAGAAACAGCUCAAGUAAACCGUGUCUCGUUUUCGUCCGUACGUGAUUUACACCCCUGUCGUCGUUUUAAAGCGUUUUUUAUCCGCGUGUGAUUUGCUCGUUUUAAAGCGUCGUGGAAAGCUGCAGACCACAGAAGCUGUUAGUCGACUUCUUCUGACUGAGCUGGAAUGACAUUUAUAUUAAAUGUUCCCAGUUCAAGUUGUGUAAAUCCUAAAUGUGUAUAUGUAUAGGAAGAAAGUAUUGUAUCGCCCCACACGGGGCAGCCAGAUCAACUGAAUCCUCCCUCUGGUGGCAAAUAUAUUCAGUCUUUUUAGUGGACAUCUUGCUUGUUUUCUCCCUUGGUGUGAGAGUCUCAUCCGUGCACAUGAUGUUUGCACGCUCAAAUCCAGUGUCAAUAUUCAGUCCAUCUGGGCCCCUGUUGAUUUUACCAAACAUGCAAAAAUGUUGUGUUGUUUUUUAAACCUGAUUUCAUUGUCGAGAUCUUGCUUCUUUUUUUUUUCUGCCUCGUAAAAGUAACCCAGCCACCCCCGUUAUUGUGUAACCUAACUGUGACUUUUCCAUGUAGAAAUGAUCUUGUUCAAACUGUGCUGCUGUCUUGUCCCGUGCAUUGCUGUAAAACUCGGAGGUGCGUGUGAGCGGGCGACAAUGUUUUUCUGUCCAUGGUUGUGACAUUCCAGCAGUAGCCGCCACCUUUUCUAUAAUCCAAAGCCUCUCAAUAAACAUAUCAUGGUGUCA